GCAUUGAGGUUGAGCGCCUGUGCAGAGCGUGCGGCUGCGGGACCUGCCUGGGUUUGGUCACGGGAUCUAAAGAUGGCGUUGGAUGUUCAGGCCCGGGACUGGCAGUUUGACCGCUUCGAUGAAGGAUCCCAGAGAAUCCAUGCUGAAGUUCAGCUUAAGAAUUAUGGAAGAUUUCUUGAGGAAUACACCAAUCAGUUGAAAGGAAUUGAAGAUGCAUUGGAUGACUCAGUUGGGGAUGUCUGGGAUUUCACUCUGGAUCCAAUAGCUCUCAAGCUUUUGCCAUAUGAACAAUCUUCGUUGCUGGAGCUUAUUAAAACUGAAAAUAAAGUCCUGAAUAAAGUGAUUACGGUGUAUGCUGCUCUUUGUUGUGAAGUAAAGAAGUUGAAAUAUGAGGCUGAAACUAAAUUUUACAAUGGGCUUCUGUUCUAUGGAGAAGGAGUUACAGAUUCGUGUAUGGUGGAAGGGGAGUCACAGAUCCAGAUGGGCAGGUUUAUUUCUUUUUUACAGGUAUGCUGUCUCUUUUAGGUUCAUGGUUGUUUCAGUGCUCAUGUUAAGGAUAAAAAAGAUUAUAUUUCCUCAGUGUACAGGCUGAGUUUACGAGCUGAUUU